CCAGUUCAGGUGCCCAUGCUCCUCUUCUGGACCUCACGGCCUCCGCGCGAGUCCCCCCAGCCGACCUCAGGCUCUGCAGCAGGCCUUGCCGCAGACACCAGCUGGGUGCGCACGUGCUCGGGCCGCCGCCCCAACCGCGCAGCACACCCUCCAUCCUCCGCCCAGCUCCCUGGUUCCUCCGCGGGGCAGCCGUGCGCAUGCGCGGAGCCGACCGGCUGGGCCGCAGCGCGGUGGCCGGCGCUAGCUGUAGGCACCCGCCCGGCCCCGCUGCUCGGUCCCCGCCUCGUUUUCUCUCUGAACCGGGACAGACCCCGGCUGAGCUGCGAGAGAGGCCAGGAUGUCGCAGACCGCCAUGUCCGAGACCUAUGGCCCGACCUGUGUGUCCGCCCAGGAUGGCUGACCUCUGCCUGUGCCUGUCUUGCCCAUGGUUCUGCAUUUCUCGUGUGGACGUUCACCUUGCAUGGCAGGGCGUCUGCUUCAAGUGUGUUUCAGGGCAUGGUCUUUCCCUGCCUUCCAGCGCCACCUGUUCUGAGGAAGCCCUCUGCAGAUUUUUUAUUUAAGUUCCUGGUGAUAGGAAAUGCGGGGACUGGGAAAUCUUGCUUACUUCAUCAGUUUAUUGAAAAAAAAUUCAAAGAUGACUCAAAUCAUACAAUAGGAGUGGAAUUUGGCUCAAAAAUAAUAAAUGUUGGUGGUAAAUACGUCAAGUUACAGAUAUGGGACACAGCGGGACAAGAACGAUUCAGGUCUGUGACAAGGAGCUAUUACAGAGGUGCGGCUGGUGCGCUCCUCGUCUAUGACAUCACCAGCCGAGAAACCUACAAUGCGCUUACUAAUUGGUUAACAGAUGCCAGAAUGCUGGCGAGUCAGAGCAUCGUGAUCCUCCUCUGCGGGAACAAGAAGGACCUGGACACUGACCGGGAAGUCACCUUCCUAGAGGCCUCCAGGUUCGCGCAAGAGAAUGAGCUGAUGUUCCUGGAGACAAGUGCACUGACUGGGGAGAACGUAGAAGAGGCGUUUGUGCAGUGUGCACGAAAAAUACUCAACAGGAUCGAGUCAGGUGAGCUGGACCCAGAAAGGAUGGGCUCAGGCAUCCAGUAUGGAGACGCCGCCCUGAGACAGCUCCGGUCCCCACGCCGCACACAGGCUGUGAGCGUGCAGGAGUGUGGCUGUUAGAGCCCUUACCAGGUAUCUGCGUGGUGUUGGGACAGUGGCUGAAGCUUGGAGAAUCUGCAGCUUUUCCACCUCUUCUCUGAGCAGAAGUGGAUCUUAUGGGGACGCUACUCCAGCUGGCAGAGGCAGCCCAGGAGCCACGUAAUAAACCUGAUGUGAGGGACGACACCGGCCGAUGUGUACGCGCAUGUGACUUUCCUGUUCCUUUUCCCCCUCCCCACCCGAGAGCACACACACUGUGCUGUGUGACCCCGUCCGUCUCCCCAGCAUGUUCCUGGGGUGUGAUAGGAUAGGAAUGGUGCUCUAAAUGCAGUUGGGUAUUUCAUUAACCACAGGCACAGAGAUUCGUGUUGGUGUACUUGUGACCAACAUGCAAGGGCCCUGGCACCUGCAGCCGGGGUCCCACUUAUUCACCCGUACUUACCACACUCCACCAUACAUGCCCCACACUGGAGAUGCUGGAGCAGUCGCCCUUCACCAGAGACCCGAAAUGAAAUAAAAAAUUGGUGUUUGGUGAA